AUAUAAGAUAUGCUGCGUGCAGAAUUUAUCUCAGUGUAAUCCACGGGAGCCACGAAGACAGUCACAGGAACCAAAAUGGCUGUUAUCUUUGAUUCCUGGAUGAAUGAAAUGUUAGCUCUACUGUCCACAAUUUUUGUGAUUAUCUACGUCACAUUCAAAAUUAAUUAUACCUAUUGGAAGAAGAAGGGACUGCCCUAUUUAGAGCCAUCCUUUCCACUAGGGAAUGCCUGGGAUACGACGCUCAUGAGAAAAAGUCCAGGCGAGGGUAUGCGAGACAUGUAUUUUGAAGGCAAAGGAAAGAGUGUAGUGGGUAUUUACACAAUAAACAGUCCAAUUCUCAUCUUUCGAGACCCAGAUCUAAUAAAGACGAUCAUGGUGAAGGACUUUAACUAUUUCCCUGACCGGGGCAUCUACAUAGACGAGGAGACAGAUCACCUAUCAGCACACUUAUUCUUCCUCGGUGGCACCAAAUGGAAGUCUCUGAGACAGAAGCUGACGCCCACGUUCACGUCGGGCAAGAUGCGGGCCAUGUUCGGCAUCGUCCAGGACUGCGCACGCGUUCUGUCUGACGUCACAUCGGCGGGCAAGGUCGUGGAAGUGCGCGAAUUGAUUGCCCGCUACUCCACCGACGUCAUAGCCUCUUGUGCCUUUGGGAUCAAUGUCGACAGUCAGCACAAUCCUGAGGCGGAAUUCCGGCAGUGGGGCAGGCGCUUCUUCAAGCCAUCUCUCCGUACCUACAUGACCCAGGCGCUGGGAUUUUUCAACCCCAAGCUGCGCAAACUGGUACCUGUGGCCUUCACGCCUAAGGACAUCACAGAGUACUUCACGCGAGUCGUCGAGGACACAGUAAAACACAGAGAGGAGGCUGGCGUUAUCAGGAAGGAUUUCAUGCAGCUGCUGAUACAACUGAAAAAUAAAGGAUAUGUUGAUGACAGCUUCUCAAUCAGUGUGGAGAAGAGUGAAGAAGCAGGAGGCAAUAAAUCUCUGACGAUCAAGGAGUUGGCAGCACAGGCGUGGGUGUUCUUCCUCGCUGGGUUCGAAACUUCCUCAACCACCGUAAGCUUCUGUCUGUACGAGCUUUCUAAACAUGCACAUAUCCAGAAGCGGCUGCAAGACGAAAUUGAUGCCGUACUGAAGAAGUCCAACGGCGAAGUGACAUAUGAAGAUAUUACGUCAAAUAUGCCAUAUUUGGAGAAAGUGAUAGACGAAACUCUUCGCGUAUAUCCACCGGUUGCCGCUCUGAACCGCGAGGUGGUGCAGGAUUACAAACUGCCAGGCUAUGACUGUGUUCUGGAGAAAGGAACUAAGGUCGUCAUUCCAGUGUUGGGCCUUCAUCAUGAUCCCAAGUAUUUCCGAAAUCCUGACCAGUUCGACCCAGAGCACUUCUCUGACGAGCAGAAGGCUUCCAGACAUCCCUUCUGCUAUCUGCCCUUCGGCGAGGGGCCACGUAUCUGCAUUGGCAUGCGUUUCGGAUUGGUGCAAGUGAAGCUGGCGAUGGUACACCUGCUGUCCAAGUUUAGCUUCCUGCCAGCUGGGGAGAAGCCAUCCAAGCUCCGGAUGGCCCCGAACAACCUCCUGCUGACGCCGGAGGGCGGGAUAGAGCUGCGCGUCGAGCGGCGACAAGUGCCGGCCAGCUGAAGCUCCAGCGGCUGCGGACAACACUCGUAGCAGGAUGACAUUUCCCGCUGAAGCGAACCUGCUGGACAGAACCGUUGUACACAUUCUUUUGUUUAUUCGUUUCACCACAUGGGCACGUCGCCAGUUAUUAUCUAAACGAGACUGAUGUAACGAAACUGGCUCUGGUGAGAUUAAACUACCGAAUUUUGAUUGUGAGUGUGCUUAAACAGUAAUACCCAGAAACGUAAUGAAUCGACAUUUAAUGACUUGAGAGGAGGAAAAACUACGUCUUGAUACCAGAGUUACUGUAAAAGUCACGUUCGCAUUUCGUAAACAAAACCCCUGUUGUUGUGGUAUUCAUCCUGAAACUGGUUUGAUGCAGGUCUCCAUGCUACUCUAUCCUGUGCAAGCUGCUUCAUCUCCCAGUAACUACUGCAGCCUACAUCCUUCUGAAUCUGCUUAGUGUAUUCAUCUCUUGGUCUCCCUCUACUAUUUUUACCCUCCACGCUGCCCUCCAAUACUAAAUUGGUGAUCCCUUGAUGCCUCAGAACAUGUCCUACCAACCGAUCCCUUCUUCUAGUCAAGUCGUGGCACAAAUUCCUCUUCUCCCCAAUUCUGUUCAGUACCUCCUCACCAGUUAUGUGAUCUACCCAUCUGAUCUUCAGCAUUCUUCUGUAGCACCGCAUUUCAAAAGCUUCUAUUCUCUUCUUGUCUGAACUACUUAUCGUUCGUGUUUCACUUCCAUACAUGGCUACACUCCAUGCAAAUACUUUCAGAAACGACUUCCUGACACUUAAAUCUAUAUUCGAUGUUAACAAAUUUCUCUUCUUCAGAAACGCUUUCCUCGCCAUUGCCAGUCUACAUUUUAUAUCCUCUCUACUUCGACCAUCAUCAGUUAUUUUGCUCCCCAAAUAGCAAAACUCCUUUACUACUUUAAGUGUCUCAUUUCCUAAUCUAAUCCCCUCAGCAUCACCCGACUUAAUUCGACUACAUUCCAUUAUCCUCGUUUUGCUUUUGUUGAUGUUCAUCUUAUAUCCUCCUUUCAAGACACUGUCCAUUUCGUUCAACUGCUCUUCCAAAUCCUUUGCUGUCUCUGACAGAAUUACUAUGUCAUCGGCGAACCUUAAAAUUUUUAUUUCUUCUCCAUGGAUUUUAAUACCUACUCCGAAUUUUUCUUUUGUUUCCUUUACUGCUUGCUCAGUAUACAAAUUGAAUAACAUCGGGGAGAGGCUACACCCAUAAAAAAUAUAAAUUACAAAACUCUCAUGAAUGCUUUUUUAAAAGUAAGCGAAACAAAUCGUCCUAUUGCCCAUAGACAGUUGCAAACUUAAGUAAGAUCACUUAUGACUUAAGAAUAUUGUAAUACGACGAUUUGCAGAAGGCUUUCUGUCACUGUACAUCUGUCAAAUUUAAAAUUCCAGCUACAUUUAGACCUUGCAUCAAUCAGAAACAACCUACUUUAUUCAUUAUACUGACUGAUUAGAGCCAGAAAGCUAAUGGCCGACAUCACUAUCGACACACAUUUUACCAAAUACAACAUUUAAAUAUGUAAAAUUAUUUUACAUCACUGAAUUUCCGAGAGCAUAUCUCCAAAAAGACAUUUAAGUUACAUAUGAUGGCAAACGGAAGCAAAAAGACACAAAGUCGGGUAACGGUACCGGAUAAAAUUGUGUAUAGCGCAUGUAAUUGGAUAAAGCGGAUUAAAGACGCAUUAUUAUACUUAAUUACUACCGUCUGGGUGACAGGAGAGAGAAAAACAAAACUUGACACACACUUAGAAAGCUGUGACCUGUACGUUUGCUAUCUGUGUCAUAAGCAACACGAGAAAUUAAAACUAUGGCAGCGAUCAGAAUUUAUCGUCAAGGGUGUCUUUAAAGGUUAGUGAUUUCAAUGAAAGAAAAUUGUUGCAGCGGCCACAUGUGCGAAGCUACAUCUUUUUCAGUUGAUGUGUAUCAAAGAAAUACAGUAAAUGCAAUGCAAGUGAAACUCACUUUUUUGCCGUAGUUUUUCUUUUCGUUAUUCUGCCAAACAUGACAUUUUUGCAAUUUUAUACCUCCCGAGGAGAUCACGAAUGUAAAAUUAGAGAGAUUAGAGCGCGCACGGAGGCUUUCAGACAGUCGUUCUUCCCGCGAACCAUACGCGACUGGAACAGGAAAGGGAGGUAAUGACAGUGGCAUGUAAAAUGCCCUCCGCCACACACCUUUGGGUGGCUUGCGGAGUAUAAAUGUAGAUGUAGAUGUAGACUCAACGAGAAGAGUUAAGAUCAUUGAAAUGACUUUACGAAAAGCUUCUUAAGUUCAUUACGACAAGGGGUAUCAUUUCCUCGUUUCAUUCAAUACUGACAAUAUAUAUAGAUGCCACGUAGGCAGAUAAAGACAGUGGUGUAAUCAGUUUUUAAGGAAAAAGGUGGCAAGUUGCGGAUACAUUUUGUAUGUAUUGAUGCUGUUGACAUUCAAACAGUUUCCAUAUUACACAUAUUUGUAAGAUAACGGUGAAAGAUUUGGGGAGGAGGCGAUAUAAUGUCGCAGACAUUCAUGUGAACAAUGUGCAGUUGACAUAGUUGACAUACAUGACAUAAUAACAUUACCAGGAAACCCAUGGGAAACUUUUGCAUUUUUAUGAUUUCAAAUAAUGACAGUAUUUGGAAUAAGUGUAGUCGUUGGGAUAAGGGUAGUUGCGUGAAUGAAGAGAAAACAUCUUUAAUAAUGAACCGAAUAGUGUGAAAUAAAAAUCAUGAAUUUAUGAUACAUCCCGGUAUGUACAUCUCCAUGUGACCAAAAACAAGUUUUCCCUUCGGAAUGUUUGUUCUUGGUUUUACGACAGGCAGAGAUCAGAGUCUGUCAGUAGGGUUGCUUAAUCUAUAACUUUAACUCAACAAACAUUUUCACUACAAUAAGAACGUUAGGCCGUAAAUCACAAUUCAAGACGACGAUGAUGAAUCUGUCAUUUCUGGAAGUAUAUUCGUUUAGAAAAGUCAACCUGUACAACGGGUAGAGAUAACGGACUAUCGUGGUGGUGACAGUUGUUAUCUGUGGGAAUUCUGUUUACAAAUUAUCCAGUCAAUGAGUACUUUCAAACAAAUGAAAUGGUAUUUGGAAUAAGAUAACAGGAAAAGAGUGUCUGUUAUCAUUGAUUAAGAAGCCUACUCCGUAAUACUGUAGGUAUGAAGUUUGGCAUCCAUGAGGUCUCUUCUGCCUGUGAAAGUUAAAAGUCUCUUUUAUGUUAAAAUUUUCCACAAACUUGAAGCUUUAACGCAAAAUCGGUAUGAAGUGUCAAAAGCCGGUUGAAAAACCUUUAUAAAGAUACGUCAUUCAUUCCUGUACGAUUACUAUGUGUUGCGAAAAAGAAAUGUUGACUUGAGAAGUAACAUAUAUGCUUGUUAUUGGUUUUCAGAUUAAGAUCUUAAAAUUAUUUGUUAUUUAACUGUAUUUUCAAUUGUAAUUGUAAUGUUGAAGGUAUUUUUCAUUUAAAUAUAUACCAUUUUUUUAAA